AUGGACAACGAAGGUGCUAUUUCUCUUGUUGGGAAUCUUGUCUUCCAUUCUCGGACCAAGUACUUUGAGAUUGAUCUACACUUCAUACGGGAAAAGAUGGCUACUCAAGGUAUCUCAGUUAGACAUAUUCCUGCCCUUGAUCAAGUUGUUGAUUUGUUCACGAAACCAAUUAGUAGCCAACCCUUCACAAGAACUAAUAUCAAAUCCAAACGGGUCCCUGCAAGCAUUGGCUUAUAUGGUACAAAGCCAUGCAAUGGCAUGCAGCCACAUGCCCCCAUGACAGCUCAACAUCGUACAAGAAUUGCUAAUCCUUAUUGCUAUGUGUCUUCAUCAAGUGUUCUAGGUUAA